AUGGAAACUCAUCAAAGUCUUUCUCUCUUAUUACUCUUUCUGUCCUAUUUGUUGGCAUGCAAUGUUGCUCAACAUCAUGACAUAAGUCGGAAGGAUUUUCCACCUGACUUCAUAUUCGGAGCAGCAUCAUCUGCUUAUCAGUAUGAAGGAGCGACAGAUGUGGAUGGAAGAAAACCCAGUAUAUGGGAUACCUUCACUAAGGAUGAUCCAGAAAAAAUAGCAGAUCACAGCUCUGGAAAAAUCGCAGAUGAAUUCUAUUAUAGAUACAAGAGUGACAUCAAGCGACUGAAAGAAACGGGUUUCGACACCUUCAGAUUCUCUAUCUCUUGGUCUAGAGUACUACCAAAUGGACGUAAAGGAGACGUAAAUCACAAGGGAGUCCAAUUUUACACAAGUCUCAUAGAAACGCUUAUACACGAGGGCAUCGAACCAAUAGUGACUAUAUUCCACUGGGAUUUGCCUCAAGCCCUAGAAGAUGAAUAUGGUGGAUUCUUGAGCCCGAAGUUUGUGGAUGAUUAUCUCGAUUAUGCGGAUUUUUGCUUCAAAACAUUUGGCGAUAAAGUGAAAAAGUGGAUUACCUUUAAUGAGCCAAUUAUGUUUACUACCAAUGGGUAUGAAUUUGGUACUUUCGCACCUGGUCGAUGUUCUCGUUUUGUACAAAACUGCACUAGUGGGAACUCAGCAACAGAACCUUAUAUCGUAGUUCACCACUUAAUUCUCGCUCAUGCGAAAGCAAUAGACAUAUAUAAAAGGAAUUCCAGGAGAGUGAAGAGGAAAUCAUUGGAAUAA